GCUGGAUACUGGACUUUUAAACUUUAAAGUCCACUCAGCAGCUGUCUUACAACAUUCAGCAACUAACAGGAUACGAUGGGAGCUGCAAUUGCCAAACUUUUUCUUCCAACCCUCAGCAGCCUGAUCUUCCUUCCUGCCAUCGCCAUUGCAGCCAAGCGGAGAUUCCACAUGGAAGCCAUGAUAUACUUCUUCACAAUGUUUUUCAUAGCGUUUUUUCAUGCUUGUGAAGGGCCUGGCCUGACAGUUUUGUGUAUCAUGCGUCAUGACAUACUGCAGUAUUUCAGUGUUUAUGGCACUGCCCUAUCCAUGUGGGUCACUUUAAUAGCACUGGCAGAAUUUGAGGAACCAAAAAGGUCUACAUUGGUUAUAUUUGGAGUGCUCACUCUGAGUGUUCGAAUCUAUCAAGAUCGUUGGGGCUAUGGUGUUUUCUCUGGACCAAUUGGAACAGCUGUCUUCAUAAUAACCAUCAAAUUUGUGAAGAAGAUGAAAGACCAAAAAGGCCUUUACCCUGAUAAGAGCAUCUACACACAACAGAUUGGCCCUGGUUUCUGCUUUGGGGCACUUGCCUUGAUGCUGCGAUUCUUCUUUGAGGAUUGGGAUUACAGUUAUGUACACAGCUUCUACCACUGCAGUCUGGCAGCCUCCUUUAUCUUACUUCUCCCAAAGAUCAACCCUCAAGCAGGAAAUGGAGGAAAUCCAGUAAAAUUAAGUUGUUGCACACUCUGCUGUGUCUGAAAGAGAUGAUGGCUUUGACUGUUAAUCCAGAAACUCAGCUAAUGUUCUGGAGAUCUGUGUUCAAAUCCCGCCUUG